GUGACGUCACGUGGCUGCCGUCGCUGCCUCCAUGCUGGAUUUGAUGUAACAGGCGUGUGGAUUGAUCAUUGUGCCGGUGUUUGAGAUUCAUUGCUCGGAUAAACGGCGGUCAGACGGAGCUGUCAGCAGACAUGUCGUACUGCAAGCAGGAAGGUAAAGAUCGCAUCAUAUUUGUCACCAAGGAGGAUCAUGAAGCGCCCAGUAAUGCUGAGCUUAUCGAAGAUGAUCCAAAUGAUCCGUAUGAGGAUCACGGUCUUAUUCUCCCUAAUGGUGAUAUAAACUGGAACUGCCCGUGUUUGGGGGGUAUGGCCAGUGGCCCUUGUGGACAGCAGUUCAAAGACGCCUUUUCUUGUUUCCACUAUAGUAAAGAGGAAGUAAAGGGUUCGGAUUGUGUGGAAAACUUCCGGAAUAUGCAGGAGUGUAUGCAGAAGUACCCUGAGCUCUACCCUCAGGAAGAUGACAGUGACAGCGCCCCCUCUGAUGGGGCAGAUACUGCGCCCGCUGACUCUGUCCCUACAGUCUCUCCUGAAUCCACACCGGCAAGCACAGAAAACCCAGCGACUAGCUAAUGUUAUUUUGACUUCGUUCCCUUGAAACCUCACCGCAAAGACAGCUCCACUUUUAAGUAUGAAGAGAUAAUAUCACUGGAUCGAUGCUCUCCGCCUGACCGCAUGAUGCACAGAGAUGCAGGGAGCCCUUAAAUGUCCAGCUUUGUGAUUUAAAUAAUCAAAUGACUUUAACACGCACUUAAGGGACCUAUUAAAAGAAACGGGGAUCUGUAUGAGUGGCACUUGUCCUGUGAAACAUUAUACGUCCGGCUUUGUAUUUUAUGGUUAUUAUUUGCUCCGCAACCUAAGCUUAGCUUGUUUGACUCGGAUCAAAGGCCAACUGGCAUUGGAGACUGAAUAAACAAAAACAUUUCAUGUACUGUUUUGUUGUUGAACACGAUUAAACCAUUUUAUAAUUA